GUCCGUGGACCUUAAGGUUUAUAAGACAGCUAGUGCACGUCCGACGAACGAUCACAGUAGCAACCUGAAGAUUACUGACAGUAUUCCAUCGUCCGAUAAACUCGUCUUGCGAAAAACACUUCACGUUCACUAAUCAACAAUCAACAUGAACCGUCUGUCAAUAAUAUUGGCAAUUGCCUUUGUCAGUUACUCACUGGGUGCACCGGAAACCAUUUCUGAAUCGCAAAGUGGAGACAAAAAUCAUGGCUUAGAGCACGGCAGCGGCCAAGGACUUGAGAAACAGGACGGAUUUGGAGACGGAAAUGUAAACGUUGAUUCAUCCACAUCAGAUCCCAGCCAAAUAGGGCCUUUCAAAGGCAAACCUACUUCAGGAGGAGGAAAUAAGAAGAAGACCACUACAACUAAAGACCCUAAAGACGGAACUGCUCGUACAAUAUUGCGUACUGGAAUAUGUGCAGCAACUUGUGUUUCGGAUUCAGAAUCUAGUGCAUGUAUGACGUGUAUUAAUAGACGUUUAUAAUAAAACAAUAUUAUUUGAUAUAGUUAAAAUGUACAAUGUAUGUAGAUUUUAUGUUUUAAAUACUAUUUUUGUGAAUUUAUAUAUAUACGAAGAAUGCAAUUUUGUAGUCAGUUUAUGCUAGUUUAAGCAAUUUUAUUGUAGAAAUCAUGAUAAUUUGUACAAAAAUGUAUGGAAAUUUAAUAAAUUUUUGUUAAUGUUAUAUUAA